AGCAUAAGUUUUUAAAAUUCGUUUUGCAGAAAAAUAAAAAGGUGCACUGGAACAUAUAUAUUUAUUAAGGUUGUGAUUCUGGUGAAUUUGUUUGGGAUGAUUAUGGAAGGGAUAGCAAGCAGAUCAGAGUUGCGCAAAGAGCUAGAGAGAGAACGCCGUCGUUUAAGGGACCGGGAAAGAAGGCAAUCUAUGAGCCAUGAGGAGAGAGAGAAGGAUCUCGCUCGACGCCGAAGAAACUAUCAAUUGCGGAGACAGAGAGCUGAAACUGCUCGGUUGUACACCCUUCCACCUCCCGUUCAAUUUGAAGAAAGCACGAGCAUUUCAACAAUUCACUCGCCCUUAAGCAAUUCUGUUUCAAGCUCAAGUCCUCAGUUUAAUGCUGCUGCUGUUGUGGAUCCCAAUCAUGGUCACGAUAGACUAAUGCUGGAUACGAGAAGCUCCCAGAGUUUGGAAAUCCCUGCUCGUAAGUUAGCUGUUCUGCCCUGUAAGGUACGCUUGAAUCGCAUAAAACAUCUGGCAUGGGCAAUAAAUGACCAUGUUUGUAAAGGGCUUGCAAUUGGAGGGAUGAUGAAGGAAAACGGAAUUUCCAAUUGUUUAGUAUCGAAAAGAUUAAGAUUAAGCCGUAUUAAACGCAUCGCUCGGUCAGCAAAUCCUAUUGUGCAAGAGACUUCUAGUCAAAACCAUCAAAACAUAACAGAAGGGUGAACAUCUCUGCUGUGCCCCUGACGACAAACAGCCUUUUCAAUGAUUCAUGCACAAAUAUGUUUCAAUUCUUCCCCAGAUUCUUUCAGUUGAAGAUUUUGUAGGAUUAUUACACUAGUUAAUUCUUUCAGAGACUCUUGCAUAUAGUUGACAUU